AUGACAUUAUCCAUUUUUACAUCACGUUUACAAUCAACACCUAUUCCAACACCAAUCAUAGGUGAUAAAAGUAGUGGGAUAAAUGGAUUUCGAAAACGUAAAGAAGCGGGAAAUUACUGGCUUGUAACGGGAGAAAAGGUAGCGGUGAAGAUUAUCUCCAAAAGUUAUUUAGCAUCUAAUGCAACUACUGAAAGAGCUGUCAAACGAGAAAUCGCUAUCAUGAAACUAAUUCAACAUCCGCAUAUCAUGCGUUUGAUUGAUGUGAUUGAUGUUCAAGAUUCUCCAAAUCUGUAUCUUGUUUUAGAAUAUGUUCCAGGUGGUGAAUUAUUUGAGUAUUUGAUCAAUCAUGGUAGAUUAUCAGAAGUAGAUGCUAGGAAACAUUUUCAGCAAAUCAUAUUUGCCAUGGAUUUUUGUCAUCGGCACUUAAUUUGUCAUCGCGACCUCAAACCAGAAAACUUAUUACUCGAUGAAUCUUCAAAUAUUAAAAUAGCCGAUUUCGGUAUGGCGUCACUUCAACCUAGAGGUACUUUAUUAGAAACCAGUUGCGGUUCUCCCCAUUAUGCUAGUCCCGAAAUAGUUUCUGGUAUUCCAUAUAAUGGUACUGCUUCUGAUAUAUGGUCUUGUGGUGUUAUUUUAUAUGCUCUUCUCUGUGGGCACCUUCCUUUCGAUGAUACCAAUAUUCGUGAAUUAUUGUACAAAGUUAAACGUGGAAAGUAUACCCUUCCAAAAUUUUUGUCAAAUCCUGCCAAAGAUUUGAUUCAAAAGAUAUUGGUCGUACAUCCGGAUAAACGUCUUACGAUGCAACAAAUUCAGGAUCAUGAAUGGUUCAAGAUGGAUGGUAUUCCUGUCAACCCAACGCUAGCUCCUUCUUUCUCCGGUACUGAUCAAAUCAUCAAACCAAUCAAAGACAUAUCAGCAAUUGAUGAUCGCCUUUUGGAAAGCCUUCAAACACUAUGGAUGGAUCGCUCUAAAGAACAAUUGAUUGAUGCAUUGAUGAAUCAAGAAUACAACAUGGAGAAAGUAGCGUAUACUUUGUUACAACGACAUUCAACUUAUUAUUGGCAAACAAAGCACGAUGAUGAUGACGACGAUAAUGAAGGAAGCCAUAUCAGCACUUAUUCAUCUAGAAAUUUGACAAAACCCCGUGGACGACGCCCUAUCACUAUUUGUGGUCCUCAAGUUUCUUCUAUCAAAUCUGCAUUACCCAACUUGCAUCAAGGCAAUGAAAUAGAUAAAAUUAUAUCUCCUCCUUCACCUGGUGUUCAACGAAAUUUCUUGCAAAGGAAACAUACCAUAGAUUCAUCGCUCUACCCAAUUCGAUCUCCCAAUUCAACACAACCAAAAAGAUCUCUCUGGAACAGAAACAAAUCUUAUCAGCAAGUGGAUAAUCAUUGUCAGCAAGUGGAUACAUCAAAAUAUCAUUAUAAAACGCCACAACGUCAUUCAUCAGUUACAACAAGAAAGAACAGAUAUACCAUGUCAACACAUCGUUCAACUGCGUCAACCUCAGCAACCGAAAAUAUAUUUGAUUCUUAUUUUCUAUCUUCAAAGGCAGAAAGACGAACCUUGAAAACAAGGUAUUCCAGUUCUGUGGGCAUUCAUCUAGACAAAGACAAGCAAGAAUUAAAAUCGCCAUCAGUCAUCCAAUGUCAACAGCAACGCAUGUCACACCAACAGAGACUUCAUCAAAUAUAUGGAAUGGAUCAUUCAAUAGAACAACCACAACAAUCAACCUAUCCUAUUCUAUCACCAGCAACAAGUACACCACGUUCAGAUACGCGAUCCCGUAUACAACGUUUAUCACAACAUAUGUCUCGACGUACUGGCUCGUUUGGUUUUCCUACAUUAUCCUCCCAAGAUUCGACAACUUCGAUUAUAUCACCAAAAUUACGGAAAGCCAAAAAUCGUCUUUCUGCUCCUCUAUUUAUGCACUCUCUUUUUAGUUCCAACUAUCGCGAUAAUAAUAGUAAUAGUAUUCCUCAAGAUAAUAACAUAUGCUCUAUUGAUCAACUAUUACAACAACAAUAUCCUGAUUACCAAAAGCAACAACAACAACAACAACAACAUCAUCAUCAUCAGCAACAACAACAACAACAGCAAAAGCAUUCUCGUCAAUCAUUACAUUCUCCCGGUAUUCACGAAUCACGACCAUCCCACCCUCUUAUGUGCAGCACAUCUCCUUUAUUAACAAGCAAACCACGGGUCGCACCAUCCUCUCCACUUCUCAAGGCCCCAAUGUUUGACAGCCCUCGGUUAUCAUCAUGGCUGCCUGCCCUCUUACAUUUCAAACAACCCAAGGUAUGUACUAUCAACUGCAUCGCUAAAGACGAAAAAGAGGCUUUUGGAAAAAUAGCUCAAGUGAUUCGAGAGCAUAUGAAUGGAUCUUUUGUAGAAAGCAAGGAUAUCAACGGAAAGAUCAAAAGAAAAGGAUAUAUUGAAUGUCGAUCAUUACUUACAACAGGAUCAUCCAUAUUCCAUCAACAUGGUUCACGGAAACAUCAUUUGGUGCGUUUCAAAUUAGAAAAGGAUCAGGAACAACUAUUGAACCCUUUCAUGCUAUCUCAAGACAAAACACAACGAUUGGUGAAAAUCAACUUUAUUCAACAACAAGGGGAUACGAUUGAAUUCAUAAAUGCAGUCAAGAUGGUAGAAAAGGUUUUAAACGACUAUGAAAAAGAAGCUGAAUAUGUUGUCUCUGCCAAUGGAUGGAGCAUGACAACCAGGCGAUGAUCGGUCAUACACAAUAUUAGUUAGAUAAGAUUCAACCAUAUGCCGUUGUCCCACAUCCUUCUCUAGACAUAUACAUUUAUGUACACAUUAUCUUUUUUUUUUUUUUAUUUUUUAU